AUGUUCCAGCCAUUACUCUGCAUGUUGCCUGCACAUUUCAAAGAAAUUGAAGACCACGUGGCAUUUUUAAUAACUGUUCCAACAGCCCUAGCAAUUUUUUUUGCUAUAUUUAUCCUUGUCUGCUUAGAGCCUGUCUUUAAGAAGCUGCUCCGUGUAUUUUCGUUGGUGGUCUGGGUAUGUCUUGUUGCCAUGGGAUAUCUCUUUAUGUGUUUCGGAGGAAUCAUCUGUCCCUGGGACCAGGUAUCAUUUUUCUUGUUCAUUAUUUUUGUGGUGUAUACCAUGCUGCCCUUCAACAUGAGGGACGCUAUAGUUGCCAGCGUCUUGACCUCUGCAUCUCAUACGAUUGUGCUGAGCGUCUGUCUAUCAGGUACAGCUGUUAUAAAGGAGCACUUGGUUUGGCAGAUAUUGGCUAAUGUAAUCAUUUUCAUCUGUGGAAACUUGGCUGGAGCAUACCACAAACACCUCAUGGAGCUGGCACUGCAGCAGACAUAUCAGGACACAUGCAACUGCAUCAAAUCCCGGAUCAAGUUAGAAUUUGAGAAGCGGCAACAGGAGCGUCUUCUUCUUUCUUUACUGCCUGCUCACAUUGCCAUGGAAAUGAAAGCCGAGAUCAUUCAGAGGUUACAAGGUCCCAAGGCAGGUCAGCUGGAAAAUACAAACAACUUCCACAACUUGUAUGUCAAACGACACACCAAUGUAAGCAUCUUGUAUGCUGAUAUUGUGGGAUUCACUCGCCUGGCCAGUGACUGCUCACCGGGAGAACUGGUGCACAUGCUGAAUGAGCUGUUUGGCAAAUUUGAUCAAAUUGCAAAGGAAAACGAAUGUAUGAGAAUUAAAAUCCUAGGUGACUGCUAUUACUGUGUUUCUGGACUACCUAUUUCUCUUCAAAAUCAUGCCAAGAAUUGUGUGAAAAUGGGACUGGACAUGUGUGAAGCCAUUAAGAAAGUGAGAGACGCAACUGGAGUUGAUAUUAAUAUGCGUGUAGGAGUGCACUCUGGAAAUGUACUUUGUGGAGUUAUUGGGCUACAAAAGUGGCAGUACGAUGUGUGGUCACAUGAUGUCACUCUGGCAAAUCACAUGGAAGCUGGAGGGGUCCCAGGCCGUGUUCACAUCACUUCAGUCACCUUGGCACAUUUGAAUGGAGCUUACAAAGUGGAAGAUGGGGAUGGAGAUGUGAGGGACCCAUAUCUGAAAGAGCAUAAUGUUAAGACUUACUUUGUAAUCAAUCCUAAGGGAGAGAAGCGAAGUCCUCAGCACCACAUUAGACCUCGACAUACUCUUGAUGGAGCCAAAAUGAGAGCUUCUGUCCGCAUGACCCGGUACCUGGAAUCUUGGGGAGCAGCCAAGCCAUUUGCACACUUGCACCACAGGGACAGCAUGACCACUGAAAACGGCAAGAUUAGCACAACAGAUGUUCCCAUGGGGCAGUAUCAUUUUCAGCGUUGCAGAGAGAGAACAAAAUCUCAGAAAAGAAGAUUUGAAGAGGAACUGAAUGAGAGGAUGAUUCAGGCCAUUGAUGGAAUUAAUGCUCAAAAGCAGUGGCUUAAAUCUGAAGACAUUCAAAGAAUAUCACUUCUUUUCUAUAAUAAGACUCUGGAAAAAGAAUACAGAGCAACCAUUCUACCUGCGUUUAAGUACUAUGUGACUUGUGCCUGUCUCAUAUUCUUCUGCAUUUUUGUUGUGCAGAUUCUGGUAUUGCCAAAAACAUCUAUUCUUGGAAUUUCAUUCGGGGCCGCAUUUCUCUUGCUCUCUUUCAUUUUAUUUAUCUGCUUUGCUGGACAGCUUUUGCAAUGUAGCAAGAAAGCAUCAGCUUCACUGUUGUGGAUCCUGAAAUCAUCUGGAAUAAUUGCAAACCGUCCUUGGCCACGGAUCACUCUCACAUUGACAACCACUGCUAUAAUAUUAACUAUGGCUGUGUUCAACAUGUUUUUCCCGGAUAAUGCUGUGACAGCUUUUCCCCCAGUUCUUAAUUCGUCAAAUGCAAGUUUUCCUAAUUUGAGUAAUCAGACACGAUGGUGUAUACAAAACAACUGUUUUUUCCUACCGUAUUUCAUAUACAGCUGCAUAUUAGGGCUCAUUUCCUGUUCCGUUUUUCUGAGGAUAAAUUAUGAGCUGAAAAUGGUCAUCAUGUUGAUUGCAUUAGUGGGCUACAACGUUAUCCUUCUGCACACUCACGGGUCCAUGCUGGAUGACUACAGCAAAUUUAUGUAUGCAACAGCACCCCUAAAAAGGCCUGGAAUAUUGAAAGACCUGAAGACAAUGGGCUCAAUUUCUUUGUUUAUAUUCUUCGUCACGUUACUGGUUUUGGGUAGACAGAAUGAAUAUUACUGUAGGUUAGACUUCCUGUGGAAGAACAAGUUCAAAAAAGAGCGGGAGGAGAUUGAAACCAUGGAGAACCUAAAUCGAGUGCUUCUGGAGAAUGUGCUUCCAGCCCACGUAGCUGAACACUUCUUGGCAAGAAACCUGAAGAACGAGGAUCUAUAUCAUCAAUCAUAUGACUGCGUCUGUGUCAUGUUUGCCUCUAUUCCGGAUUUCAAGGAAUUUUAUACAGAAUCUGAUGUAAAUAAGGAAGGCUUGGAAUGUCUCAGGCUGCUAAAUGAGAUCAUUGCUGACUUCGAUGAUUUAUUGUCUAAGCCAAAGUUCAGUGGAGUUGAAAAGAUAAAGACUAUUGGAAGCACGUACAUGGCAGCAACAGGAUUGAGCGCUACACCCAACCAAGAACAGUAUCAGGAACCUGAACGACAGUAUAUGCACAUAGGAACCAUGGUGGAGUUUGCAUUUGCCUUAGUGGCGAAACUGGAUGUCAUAAACAAGCAUUCUUUUAAUGACUUCAAAUUACGAGUAGGUAUUAACCAUGGACCUGUAAUAGCUGGAGUAAUUGGAGCUCAAAAACCACAAUAUGAUAUCUGGGGUAAUACAGUAAAUGUGGCCAGCAGGAUGGACAGCACUGGUGUCUUAGAUAAAAUACAGGUUACAGAAGAGACAAACAAUGUCCUGCAAACACUGGGGUACAUGAGCACUUGCAGAGGAAUCAUAAAUGUAAAAGGAAAAGGAGAACUGAAGACAUACUUUGUACAUACAGAAAUGACAAGAUCCCUUUCACAAGGGAAUGUGGCAUCUUGAAGAAUGUUUGUACAUGUCAUUGAUACCAUAUUUUCAGGAAAGUAUCACGCACUUUUUAACUACAUUUGGCCCUUAACAUGCGUGCUAUUUUCUGAUAUGUGGCACUUAUUUUAAUAUGGCUGCAGAAUAGUCCCAUGAGCCAUCAUUUUGCACCUUGAUAUUCCUAUGUUCAAGGACAGUUGUGAUGUACACUAUAGGACUGGAAGAUUGUACUGCAACUUGCACAGUUAUUCCAAGACAAGAAAAGAAGGAAUAGGAAUUAAAAGGAGGUAACUCAUCCAGAAAGGACUAAAAAGAGAUGUUGGUGACAAACGUGGGGAAAAAAGGCAAUAAAGCUAGGGGUGCAUACUAUUUCCUGAUGCAUGGUGUUUUCUGGAAAAUACAGUCGCUCCCCAUAGCAUCCACUAAUCUGGUAUUAAAGCAUACAGUAUUUGUAAAUAAGUUUACUCGAUCCACACAUGAGUUGGAUGUGAUCACCAGUUGCAUCUCAUAGCCAGGGACACGUUGGGUGGCUUGCUGGCAUUCUUUCUGAAGAGAGAACUGACAAUGCUGGAAUAGUUUUGUACAAACGUGUCAAAUGUUUUGAAGCUAUUGUCUUUUGUAAGGUUAAUUCAUUAAAAGUUUAUAUGUAAUUUGUCUUACUGUUGCUGUCUCUUAGUUUUGCUUCCUUCUGUGGCUUCUGUACCUCUACACCUGAGCAUCUUCUGCUGCAGCUGCUAUAUUUUAUUCAGUGAUUAGAUAUUGAAGCAGGCUGUGGCCAGCUAUCUCCUUAGCUUAGGUCAUUAAUAUCUGUAAGAUUUGCUACUGCCUUUCAGAAAUUGAAUCAACUCUAUUGUCUUCAAUCUUUCUUAGUAUCCUAGGCACUUUGCAGUCAUUUGGUCCCUAGGUGACAGAGAAGACUUCAAGUCCACAAACAUGAAGGAGAACAAAGUGGAGGAUACUGGAGACAUAAGCAGUGUUGCUACUUUACAAUGGGCCUGCAGUGCUUAAACAGUAACUAAGAGAAGCUGUAGGAAAGAGGAAACGUGUUUUGUACUUUGACCACCUCAUCUGCCCUUGCUUGCCUUUAACUUAUCUUUACAGUGCCCAAUUUCAUGGGCUAUUUAAAAUAAUCAAAUUUAUCAGAACAUAAUUGAUACAGUCUGUCUAUUUUUGAAGAUACAAAAAACUGCUAUUUUGUGGAUAUUCAAGAUCAAUUUAAAUCUUGUUGAAUAGUAACUUGCAGAUUUUCAUAGAUGAGCAAAUGUGAGAGACUGAAAAAGCAGGUAAACAUGCUCCUUUGAAGGCACUACAAAGAUUAUUUUUGUUUUGCCAUUAUCAGUACAUGAUAUUAACAAGUCAUCAUAACAGGCUAACAAACCAAAAUUAAUAAAAGUCUCAUACUUAAAAAUAUAGCUAUAAUAUUUUUUCUGUCAUGGUAUUGAAAUGUAAAGAGUAUUCAUUGAACAAUCUUUCAGAUUUCAUAUUCGUGAAACAUUUAUAUACAUUUGUAUUGCAUUGGUGUCCUUUCAGAAAGAGUUCCCAAAAUAUUCCCAAUAUAAAUGGCAUCAGGCUGCACAGUCUCAUUGAGUGUGGCAAGGUUACCAACAGCUGCCAUCUGCCCUCAAGCAAACUGGAAUAGCAGUCAAUCUUGAAAUGUCUGCAUUUGGAAUAAAACAGACACCCUGAAACCCUGAAUUUUUAUUUCUUAAAUUAAAAAUUAAAUUAAAUUGGGAAAAUAGAAAACAAAUUAGAUUUUGAAUGUACUCUGAGCCUUUAAAACCAUUCUAGUAUUAUUACAGGUCAAAGCAAUUAUUUCUUACUGUGGAUGAAAACCCUGUAAGUUGAUUAUAUUGUAUUGUCAUAUCUGUGUGCAACUUUCAGGUAUAACCUGUACAUUCAGGGUUUUGUUUUCAUUCGUAUUCUUGCACAUUCUGUGCACCAUUAGUAAACUGUGUACCUAAUUUGAUAGACUUCUUUCUAUAAUUUUUAUAAAAGUUAAAGUAUAUUAUAUUUCUGUAACCCAUAAAAUGUUAAGUUAUUUGAAUAGCUGUGAGCUGACCGGUCCAAUGAAGUAUAAAGAUAAGUAUGUGCCCUCCAAGAACGUCUUGAUAAUGCCCUUGUCUGUGACACUCUGGUGCCCUUGUAAUACUCUGGUAUUCUCUCAUUUUGUACUUGCAUUCUAACUCUCGCUACUGUGUAGCCAAAUCCUGCUAAAGAACAAAAAAAUGGGCAAAAGAUGAAUAUACGUGUAGUAUGAUGCCCAAAGAAGGGUGCAUAUUAUCCUUUCUCCAGCCUUUAGUUGCUGAGUAUUAUUAUCUUUCUAGUGCCAAGAAGCUAUUUGUAUCCAAUAAAUAUUUUCUGUCUUCCAAAGCACUUUACAUCUACUGUCUGUACUGUGUUAUUCUUCCCUUGUGUAGACUGACCCAGAGAUCCUCUUUCUUCCUCUCCUGCAGAAAUUUUAUAUUCCACAAUAACUGGAUAUAACACUACUUGAGUGUCACUGUAGAACUUGAAAGUUUUCUGAUAAUCAUAUUUUCUGUGUAACUUUAAGUUUCGAGUUCUACAGCUUCCAUGUUGAUGCUACAGUUCACAGGUUGCUAGCAAGUCAUAAAGGUCAUGAGUUUCAAAAGCAGAAUGCAAGAGUGCUCAACAACAUGAGGCAGCAGCCACACAAUGAAUAUAAGAGUGAUUCACUGUGAUCUUGGAAACCCAAACGUGAACACUUUGGGAAUCUGCUGGAUUUCUUUAUCAAAGACAGUUCUAUGUGCCAAUUUAUGGAGGACUACCAAGGGGCAGGAAGAAAGACUAGGCUUGCAGAUAUUUUUCUUGCCUACAGAAGUAGUUGUGAUCACCUGUAAAGUAAUGCUAUCCAAAUGCUGUUUCUAGAAACAAACACUAGCAUCCUAUCUAUCCUGUAUGCAAAGCAUUAUUAAUUCUCUUCAUAUUCCUUUAAUGGUUUAUCUACUUCAUAAACUAUCUACAGACCUUACCUUUUUCCACUGAGGUACAGGUAGCAGUUCAGCCUGCUCAUUUCUAAACAGAAGGCUGUGCACAUUCGUAGGCAGAGGUGUUGAAAGUCUGUCAUAUUGUUUUCAGAACCUUGUAUCAGGACAAACAAUUAGCCAUAUCAUCAGGAAUAUUUAUAUACUGACAGAUUUACUGUUUUGCAUGAUGAUUACCUUGUCCUUUGAUAAUUAAUUUUCCUUUUGGUUGUACUUCAGUAUGACGUUUUUUUCCUCCUACAAGAGACUGUCACUCAUUCAGGGCCUUGAAGAAACAAGCACUUGUGUGAAAUGAAUGGCUUGACUUGAGGACCAAACCUAUUACAGCAGAAACUGGACAGUUUUAGAGUCAUCUGUGUUUCAGCUUCUUUUUCAAGGAUGAUGGCUCACAGCAUUUGUUGGAAAGGCUGUCUCUCCUUCAUGGCUCAGGAAUACAUGGCAUUCUGAUACAUGCUGAGGCCAAAGAGCAAAGACAGGAGCUGAAUUGCUGAGCUUUGAUUUAACAGCUGCCUAGCUAUCUCUGCUGUAAGUGCCACCAGCUUGAAACAGGUAUGUCACCUUGCAGUAGGAAGACUGCUACUGUGUUUUUUUCUGCAUUUCAAUAGCUUGUUUAGUUACAUGUCAUCUGUCUUCUUGAGUCCGUCCUGUCACCAUCUCUGUCCCAUCAUCAUCUCCCCUGUGACCAUUUGCCUCACAAAUUAAUUUGACGAAUUUUCUUGCUAAGUUUUUCCGACAACCAGUUUGAUAUUUCUGAACAGUCAUCCUGCCUUUGAGACAUUGUUGAAAGUAUAAAAGCUGUAGGGAGGGGAGCGGAAGUGAGAAAAGAGUUCAGUUGGAAGGAACAUCCAGAGAUCAUUUAGCCCAACUUCCAAAGCAUUCCAGGGCUUACCAAAAGCCAAGGUAUGUUACUGAGGGCAUUGUCCAAAUGUUUCUUAUACACUGAAAGCUUCUCUCUAAGAAGUCUGUUCCAAUGUUUCAUUACUCUUACAGUAAAAAAAAGCAUUGUGCUUUGUGCUUUUCCCACAUGUCCUGUCAUUGGUGACCAGGAACUAGAGCUUGGCACCUCACUCUGCACUUCCCCUCCUUAGGGACUUGCAGAGAGCAAUGAGGUCACUUCUCAGCCUCCUCCAGAUGAGACAACCCAAAUGUCCUUUUACCAGCCUUGUUGCUCUCCUCUAGAUGCUUUCAAGGACCUUAAAAUUUAUUUUAUAUUGUGGAGCGGCAGAUCUGCACAUAAUAUUCAAAGUGAGGCCACAUCAGUGCUAAAUACAUGGGGAGAAUCACCUCCUUUGAUCAGUUGGCUAUGCUGUGUUCAGUGCACCCCAAAAUGCAGUUUGCCCACUUGUCCACCAGUGCAUACUGCUGGCUCGUGCUGUCACUGGCACCCCCAAGACCAUUCCUCCUGAGAUGCUCCCCAGUCAUUCUUCUCCCAGUCUGUACGUGUAUCCAUCCUAGUUGCAGAACCUGGCAUUUUCCUUUGUUGAAAUUCAUGCUACUGAUCAUAUCUAAUCUUCCAAUCUUAUCUAGAUCCCUCUGCAAACCCUCUGAUCCCUCCACAGUCAACACCACCUCCCAGGUUAGUAUCAUCAGCAAACCUGCUAAGGAUGCAUUGAGCUUCUGCAUCCAGAUCAUUGAUAAAAAAACAUUAAAUAGAACUGGCCCCAGAACCAAGCCUUGGAGAAUACUGCUACUGACCAGCUGCUACUGACCAGCUGCCAGUCUAAUGUAGCCCCAUUCACAUGUAGGACACUUUAAGCUCUGUCAUUCAGCCAGAUCAUCACCCAGCGUAAUGUGAACCUGUUUAUCACACCAUUGCACAAUUUGUCCAAAAGGAUGCCAUGAGAGACAAUAUCAAAGGCCUUACUUCCAGAAAAAAUAUGUGCAAUGACUCUCCUUCACCCACCAAGUGGUUAGAGGACUUUUCCAUUGUGGCUAUGUUCCUUGAAUACCUUUCAGUAUCCCCAGAAUAACCUUCUCCAUAACUUUUCCAGGACCAAAAUGAGACUACUAGGUCUGUAGUUUCCUGGAUCUUCUCUCAUGCACUUAUAAUUUUGUGACCACCGAUAGAAAGUCACUGUUUAUCAGGUCACAGUCAUUCAACACAAAAGACCAGGUAGUCCAAGAUCUAUCAUUAAUACUAAAAACUAAGGCAAAAAGUCAUUCAAUGCCUUCACCACUUUCUCAUCCCUACUUGUUAGCUGACCAUCAAGUAUCAGUCCAAUGUUUUCCUUAGACAUCCUGUUGCUACCGACAUACUUAGAAAAAUAUUUUUUGUAUGUCUGACAUCACAGUUGCCACUGUCAACUAAGAUAAGCUUUGGUAUUUCUCACUUUUCCAUGCAGAUGCAAACUGCCACCUUGUACUCUCCCUCUGAAGCCAGACUUUGCUUCUAAAGCUCAUGUAUUUUCUUUUUCUGCCCUAGUUCCAGGAGGAUUUUCCUAUUCUCAAACAACAGACCCAAGGUGGCUCCUCUUAUAGUUGCUUCACUAAGUACUUGUGACAGGAUGUUACCUAUGCUUCAGAAAUUUUCAGACAUACUUGUCAUGAUAGUAUGAUAUUCCAAGUUUAUGUUUGGGAAGGUGAAGGUGAAGUCUCACAUAAAGACGAGGUAAUCAAUCCCAAAAUAUCCCCUAAUUGCCUGCAGCUCUUCUGUGCUACUGUCCUGGGUGGGCAGUAGACAGUAGACACCUAGAACAACUUCCACUUUGCUACCUGUCCCCUUAAUCCUCAUCCAGAAGCUCUCUGUCACAUCAUCCCUAACGUCAAUGACCAUACAGUCUAGUCUCUCCCUUACGUACAAUGCAACACCUCCCCCCAGCCUGCCUGGCCUACGCCUCCUGAGCAGCUGAAAAUCUUCCAUCCCAGCAUUCAGUCAUGGGACUCAUCCCACCAAGUCUCACAAUAAUAUCAGUGCUCUGGGAGAGGAACAAAUCUUCCAGUUCAUCCCACUUGUCUCUCAUACUAUGUGCACUAGUAUCUGAGCAUUUCAGAAUGCUCCUGAAUAUGCAGUGUUCUUUGGAAUGACACAGAUGAUCCCAUUAGCCUUGCUACCCUCAGAGAGUGCCACAUCAUCCUUUGGCAUACCCUCAGUGCUCCUAAUGGUAUCCCCUUCCCUCAUCGAUCCUAGUUUAAGUCUUCUCAAUCAGUCUUGCCAAGUUAAAGACUAAGAAACAUUUUCCCCACUGAGAUAGGUGGAAAUCAACUGGCACCAGAUCAUAGAUGUCUCUUCUUGUCUUGAAGUGUUUUCCAUGUCUAUAAAACCCAGCAUGUGGAGGCACCAGUCCUGGAGAUAGGCAGCCUAUCCUAUGACUGCUUCCUAUUGCUUCUUCACAGCACCAGUCUCAAUUUUGCUGCUGAGAGGUCACCUGACCCUGGUGGGAAAACUUGCAAAUACCUCUUCUUUCAUCUUUUCAAAUCUCUCGUCUGCCACACUGAGAGCAGAAUCAGAGAGAAACAUUUCAAAUGUGACUUCAGAAAUCCUGUGUAGCUUAGUUUAGACUUCUGGUGAACAAUUUCUUGUGGCUCUAUUUUACAGCUACAGCUUCAGCUGAACUGCUUUUUAUAAAAUGGUUUGCAGUCACUUGGUGCUCGUACUAAACUACAAAACAGCACUUGCACAGUGGCAUACAUAUCUCUGUGUAGGAAGCUGAUGUCAGACAACUAUUGUUUAAAACUCCACUGCUCACAUAUUCUGUAGUAAUUUGACUAAUGUUACAAGGAGAACCCAAAUUGGUAGAGAGAUAUUAUUAGAUAAGCAGAUGGAAAUUGUCAUGAAUGAUUAAAAGUCUAUAGAGUACAAAUUUAUCUCCAUUGCACUAGAAAAGAAGCAAGAUGCUAGCUACAUUAUUCAAUUUAUUAGUGAAUGGAGAAUGGAAGCCAUAUAGUAGAGAUGGGAAGUUUACAUCAUAUGUGGGUUCAACAUGCCUACAGGAAUUGGUUAUGAAGAUUUAGGUAUCCUGAGUGCUUUGUUUGUUUUUAAAUUGAUGUUCAGUAAAAAUCAAGACGUCUGAAAAACUCCUGUUUCGAAACAGCUUGCAAAAAAAUACUAACAAUUAUAAUAAUGGCAGUAUUGCACCUACGGCACUAAUAGUGCAAUUGCC